GGUGACAAUUCUAAAACAAAAAAGAUAUUGUUAAUUCAUCUAUAUCCGAAGUUGGGAAGGUAGUUAGUGGCGCUGAUGGGGACACAGAGUGGUUGUUUGACCUACUGUGAUCCUAACAUAGAAGAUCUUAAAGAUGAGCUUACAAAAUUAAUUGUGAAGAGAGAUGCGUUGCAGAGGUUGGUCAAUGAAGCCGAAAGGGAAGGGGAAGUGAUCAACUAUGAUGUUUUGAUUUGGCUACGCACGGUGGACGUGAUGAUCGGCAAAGUCUCGCGUUUUGAAGAUGAAGUCAACAGGAGAAGACGAUGCUUGUAUUGGCUGAGUUUGAGUAGGCAAGCGCAGAAGAUUAAACAACAUGUUGUUCAUCUCCUUGAAGAAGGAAAAUUCCAAAAUGUAGCCCAUCCAGGAGCUCCACAGAUCCAAAAUGUAGCCCAUCCAGCAGCUCUACAGACGAUACUGCCAACAUUAACAGCAGGCGUUAGAGGCCCUAAAUCCAGAAUAACAGUCAUGAAUCAUGUCUUGGAGGCUUUGAAGAAUGAAAAAAUAACAAUGGUUGGGAUUUGCGGGAUGGACGGUGUGGGUAAAACCCUAAUGGCAGAAGAAAUCAUUAAAAUAGUACAAGGAAAGAUGUUUGAUGAGGUUGUGAUGAUAGUUGUGUCCCCAAACCCAAACAUUAGAAAAAUACAAGCUGAAAUUGCAGAUAAACUAGGUCUUACAAUUGACCUAGAAACUGAAAAGGGAAGAGAACUAAUCCUAAGUGAAAGGAUCCUCAUCGUAUUAGAUGAUGUAUGGUCAGUACUUGAUUUUGAGGCAAUAGGACUUCCGUUUGGACCUUCACAUAAAGGUUGCAAAGUUUUGGUGACAUCAUCGAAUUUGGAUGUGUGCUAUGAGAUGGGGAGUCAAAAGAACUUUACCCUGCCGAUGUUAACUGCAGAAGAAGCAUGGGAGCUAUUCCAGGAGACAAUAGGUGAACCCUUGGAUGCUGAUCCUGAUUUAUGUGGUAUUGCAAAAGCGCUAACAAAUGAAUGUGGAGGUUUACCGUAUAGUGUCGUAACUAUUGCGAAAGCGCUACAAAAUAAUAAGAGUAAGUAUGAAUGGGCUAAUGCCCUUCAGCAACUAAAAGCGCAUGAAAUUCCUCCCCAAGCUUAUUAUUCUAGUAUAAAACUCAGUUAUGAACGAUUGGAGAACGAUGAACUCAAGUCAUGCUUUUUACUAUGUUGUUUAUUUCCACAAGGUUACGAUAUUCCAAUUGAUUAUUUGGUUAGAUAUGCGUGGGGCCAAGGAAUAAUUUCUGACAGGUUUGAUUCAGUGGAGGCAGCAAGAAUGCGAGUACAUUUUUUAGUUGUCAAACUAAAAAGGAGGUUUUUGCUGCUAGGUAGCAGCAAGGAAGGCUGUACCAAAAUGCAUGGCGUAGUUCAUGGCGUUGCCAUAUCAAUUGCUUCCCAAGAUAUGGAUGUUUUUAUGGUACAAGAUCAAGCUGGAUAUAGAAGUUGGCAAAUAAAUCCUCCAUACAAACAGUACACAACAGUUUCACUGAAUGAUGUUCAUAUUGACGACCCCAUUGUGACAGGUUUGGGGUAUCAAGAACUUAAACUUCUACAACUAAAAAAUAGCGAAGUUUCAGAAUCUGCCCUGGAAAGCAUGUUGAAAGGGAUGAAGCUCCAGGUAUUAUCUUUCAUACAUACAGGUUCAACAUCAAUUAGAGUGCUGCUAAGACACCUUCGGACCUUGUCUCUAGAUGAUUGUACACUGGGAGACAUAUCUAGUGUUGGGAAAUUGGAGAAUCUCGAGAUCCUCAGUUUUGCGCGUUCCAACAUCAAAGUGUUACCGAGAGAACUUGCAGAUCUUCAACAAUUAAGGUUGUUAGAUACGACAGAUUGUUCUUAUCUAAAGGAAAUUCCUCAUGGUAUCCUAUCCGGAUUAAGUAAACUAGAAGAGCUGUACAUGACACGCAGCUUUAAUAAAUGGGAGCCUGCAGAGGAAGUCGAUCAAAGCAAAGAAGGUGAGAUCCGGAUGGCAAGCCUAGCUGAGGUGAUGUCUCUACCCUCUAAAAAUUUGACAGUUUUAGCCAUAGAUAUACCGGAUUUCAAGUUGUUGCCGGAAGAUGAAGUGCUCUUGGAAAAGGAAACAACAAGAUUUCAUAUAUCUAUAUGCAAGGCUAAUACUUUUCCUAUGCCACAACCCCUGGAUUACGGAUUUAAAAAUACUGUUAAGCUUGCUGGUGAUGCAAAGGAGUUCAUGCAAAAUGGAGAUAUUAGAUUUCUGUUGAAGUACUCUAGAGCUUUGUACUUCAGAGAAACUAAAAAUCUGAACUGUGUCCUCAAUGACCAAGUAAGUUUUGAAGGCUUGGAAGCUUUAUCGAUUCAAAAUAGUAAGCACGGCACAGAGUCUCUUCUAAGUGAUCAAACGGGUGAGACUGCCUUCCUUCAGUUGAAGUCACUUGAGCUAAACGGGAUAUCGGAUUUACUAGCAAUAUGUCAUGGGCAGCUUCAAAAUCAAUCUUUUGGCAACCUAAUAUCCCUUCAGAUCAGUUGUUGUUCUGAGUUAAGAUAUGCCUUUCCAGUGUCUAUAGCAAGAAACUUGGUACAACUCCAGUCCUUAGUUGUUUAUCUAUGCGACAAAAUGCAAGAAAUUGUCUCAAAUGAGGGGUUGGAAGAUGAGAUUGAUGCAUCUUCCAAGGUUGCUUUUCCUAAUUUAACGGAGCUCAAUCUGUAUGGUGUAUCAAACCUGGUUAGUUUCUACAUAGCCAACCAGCCAUGUAGCUCAAAACCUGAGAUGGCAGAGACUUGGUCGUCAAAUCAAGGAAAUGAAGCUGGCGGGUCCUCUUCUAAGAAAUCAAAAAUACUACUUCCACCAAAUUGCAUUUCCUGGUUAAAAAAUCUAGAAGAACUAGAAGUGAAGCUGUCAUCAAAAAUAGAAGUGCUAUUUGAUCUAGAGGGCCAGAUGGUUCAGGGGAACACUGAAGAAAUUCCGGUCUCCUUCACUCAACUACGAAAAGUGUCCCUUGCAAAUGUAACUCUGCUUGCACACUUGUGGAAGAACGUUCCAUGUCGAAUCCGGUGCUUUGAAAAUUUAAGGUUUUUAACAGUCCUAAGUUGUGACAGCUUGCAAUACCUGUUCUCCUACUCAGUGGCCAGGCAACUUGUGGGUCUUGAAGAAUUAAAAAUCUCCUAUUGCAGGACUAUGAAAACCAUAGUCGCACGUCAGUAUAAAGAAGAGAUAGGGUCCACAAGGAUCUUGUUUCCCAAAUUGAGUCUUAGACUACAAGACCUGUCAAGCCUUGUGAGCCUCAGUGAUGGUCCCAAGACAUUUAGCGACGAUGCUGAUAAUACUUUUGUAUGGCCAUCCACAAGAGUAAUGCACCUGAGAAGAUGUCCCAAAUUGGAGACAUUGGGUUCAUUGAUUCCACGAAAACAAAAACAAAGAAAGAAUAUUCCACAAAUCCAAAAGUUGGAUGCAGGUCCUAGUGAACGCACUUCACAAAAAAAGAAUAUUCCACAACCAUCAGUUUCCCCACCAUUCUGGUCCAGUGAACACACUUCCAAAAAAGAGGUUACACCGUCGACAACUAUUAAUGAGUCAGAUGACAGUGAUAAUCUAGAAUGUCUUGAAAUGGAAGACUGCGAGUCACUGCAAGUGAUAUUCCAACCUAAAGAAAGCAAUUAUGCACACAAAUUUACCAAGAUCAAACGAUUGGUAUUAAAAGCUUUGCCAAUGUUAAUUGACAUUUGGGAAAUGGGUUCACAACAAAUCGACGGCUUUCGGAACUUGAGAUGGCUAGAAGUACAUGGUUGUGCGCAAAUGAGAUAUUUGUUUUCACCUUCCAUAGUUAAACUUCUUAUCAGCCUAGAGCAGAUAAAAGUUAUAGACUGUUGGAUGAUGGAAGAAAUUGUUGCAGAGACAGAAGCAGAACAUGCAGAGGAAAUGGAACUUCCUUUAGUGAAUUCCAUCAUGCUUCGUAAUCUACCAAACUUCAAGCGUGUGUGCACUGAAGCUUAUACUUUAAAGUGCCCAUCCCUGGCAGUGGCGGAAUUGGUUUACAUUGAAUGCAAUCCAAGACUGAAAAUAAAAAUUGAUCUCGGGGUUCUACGCACAGUUCCUGCAGAGAAUGCAUCUGUCUUGAAGCAAAGGUAUUAACCAGAGAGGAGAUUAAGAUACCAGUGAGAGAGAAUGAGAGUGGUGGUUACCAACAAAGAGAACAGUUAGGAAGGUGGAUGGUGGUUUUCUCACACACACUGUCAAAGUGGCAUGGGAGUUCGAACUUGAGAUCACUGGUUUGCAAGUCAAUGUCCUUUUCCACCAGACUUGACCCAUGUUGGAUAAUGACAAUUAAUGUUUAUGUUGCUAUCUCUACCCCACAUUCAUUCUAGGUUGCUGAUUUAGUUAACACCUCAAUCCUUCAACAAGAUGGUUAAUGCAGACAGAGGAAGGAACAAUUUUUCUCACCUGGCAACAAAUCACUUUCUAAGUAUUGUUUUUCUUCUUUAGAUAAUUUUUCCAUGUAAUGGUGAGGCUAAUGCUCUCCGUGUAAAUUUGUAAGUGCUUUGGUUAUUGAAGCCUUUGAUGUUAUUUA